UGGGUGUCACCGACAUCUCGGAGGACCGGACAGACAAGUCAUCACUCAGACGGGAGGCGACGAGGUGACAACAAGGCUUCGUAAGUUUUCUCUUAUGCUGAAAAGAAAAUUACAAACAAACAAAAAAGAGUCGCAAGUUUGUUUGCUUUAAAGUUGUUGUUGUUUUUAUCAUUUGCUCCUUUGGUAAGUUAGCCGACUGUUUCAUUUAUCGCGCCGCAAUUCUAUCAUGUGCGUAACAGGAAACAAAAAAAAUAUCUUUUAAGCCAUAGAGUACAUUUUGUGUCCAAAACCGAAAUGUCUUUUUGCUUGAAAUGCCUCAUUAUAUUUUGCGUAAGACGGAAUUUUCGACGCUCGUUUACUGACAUUGGAGUUUCUUCUUCUUUAGAAAGACAUGGGUGCCUAAGCAGGUUCGGCAACUUCUUGUGGUAUGUAGAAGUGGCAACUCGCCUCAAUGACACUUGGAAUCCAUUUCCUUGUUGCCAGCUAUUAUUUGAUUGUUUGAAAUUUUGCCUCUUUGAAAAAGAAAAUUUAGACCGAAUCUGGUUUAUUAUGUCUUUAACUAUAUUGUCAGGUAUUUUCAAUUUCAAAACAAGUCAUUCAGUGCCACAAUACAGCUAAAAAAGCAACAAGGGAGUUCCGACAUGAAUGAAAAAGAUUGAUCUGACGUCCAGGCUUUGCGUCGCGUCACUCAAAUGGUUUACGAGCUCAAGUUACAACAAGGUGUCGUCCGUAGAAACCCGAUCGACGGUCAUCUCGCUCACACGUUUACAAGGUAGAAGGAUGCCUCUGGACACCGAGCGUAAGGAGCUGCUGUUGAAAACGCUGAUGGAGCUGGGGGAGGACAACCAUCAGUCCUUCAACAGAUUUAAGUUAUGGUAAGCCAUGAAAAGUUGUCGUUCACAGAUACCCAAUCCAUGGUCAUCUCGCUCAUGCGUUUACAGGGUGGAAGGAUGCCUCUGGACACCGAGCGUAAGGAGCUGAUAUUGGAAACGCUGUUGCUGCUUCUAGUGCUCAGUUAAGAUACGUGUUCGACGGUCACCUCCCUUAAGCGUAUAAUCUCAAGGAUGGCUCUGGACAGCAGACGGAAGGAGCUGCUGUGGAACACGCUGAUGGAGCUGGGGGAGGACGACUUUGAGUCCUUCAGGUUCCACACGGCCCUGCCUAGAAGGGUGCGUGAAAACACCCGCCUUGAGUACAUAGCUGACAAGCUCUUGAUUAAGCACGGCGAGAACACUCUGGAUGAGACCGUCAAGAUUCUGGAGAAGAUCGGGAACAACGAAUUGGCCGAGAAGCUGCGCAGCGACGUGCUGGAAAUAAAAGACGCCGACUUCUCCGUCCACGAUGACAAUCAGAUUGCCAGAUUGAAGAAGGAGCUCCAAGACAACCUGCAGCGUUUAUACAGGUUUGCUUCUGAGGGCAACACCGAGCGCUGGCAGCAGCAGCCCCUGGAGGACGUCUACACGGAGCUAGACAUCACCUACGGGGCAGACGUCAGCCCAGACGGGCGGCAUGAGGUCCUCCAGAUGGAGACGUGUGACGCCGCAGCCAAGCUGUCUAUCCUGCCAUGCGACAUCUUCAAAAGCCCCGACGGGAACCGGCGACCGAUACGCACGAUGCUCACCGUCGGCUUCGCGGGAAUAGGAAAAACCUUCCUGAUUCAAAAGUUUGUGUCGGACUGGGCCAGCGGUAGUACCAACCAGGACGUGGACUUCAUAUUUCCUUUCACCUUCCGCGAGUUAAACAUGGACAAAGGGAAGAAGUUUACGCUGGCCGAGCUGAUACGAUGUUAUGUCUGCAGCAACAGGCACAUGAGCAAGGAGACGCUGAACUAUAUAUUUGCCGACCUGCAGACAUCCGAGAAGCGGGACUUCGAAAGCAGCAGGAUCAAGAUCUUGUUUGUCCUGGACGGACUGGACGAGUGCAACUUCAAAAUCGACUUGAAGAAUACGAGGAAAGUGGACAUGGACAUAAGGGAAAGCUACCCGCUGGAGGAACUGCUGGCGUAUCUCAUCAAUGGGAACCUGCUUCCGUGCGCCAGGGUUUGGAUCACCACACGGCCCGCGGCAGCCCGCGAUAUACCCUCCGACCUCAUAGACAGCAGAACAGAGGUGGGAGGAUUCAGCGAUUCCCGGAAAAUGGAGUACUUCAGGAAAAGGUUCCCAAAUGAGGAGCGCGUCACUGAGCACAUUCGGAAAUCUCGCACCAUCUUCAUCAUGUGCCAUAUUCCCAUCUUCUGCUGGCUCACCGCCACAGUUCUUCAGGUUCAUUUGGACAAAGGGAAGGAGGGAGAGCUUCCCACAACGCUGACUGACAUGUACUCGGCAUUUAUUGGUCACCACCUGGAAAACUCCAAGGAGAGAAAUACAGCGGAGUACAUCCCUGACGUGAAAGCGCUCGCCAAGCUGGCCUUUGACCACACCAUGAAUCAGCGUCAGAUCUUCUACGAGAAAGACCUGGAGGACAGCUGCUUUGAUUACAGCCAAGCAGCAAAACACUGCGGUUUAUUCACAGAGGUCUUUAAGGAGGUCCAUCCGCUCAAAAGCAAGAAACAAAAGAUGUUUCAGUUUAUCCACCUGACCAUCCAAGAGUAUCUGGCCGCACUGUACGUAAAGAUGUGUUUCUUCCACGACAACAAGAACGUACUGGAUACAUCAAGAUGGAAAAAAUUGUUCAUGCCUGUUAAGCGGAAGACAAUCACUGAGGUCCACAAGUCAGCUCUCCAGAAAGCCUUGGAAAGUGAAGGAAACCUGGAUAUGUUCCUCCGCUUCCUCGUUGGCCUUUCAUUGCAGUGCAACCAGGAAAUAGUGGGGGCACUGCUGAAGGUUCCUCAUGACUGGGAGCAAAGCAAGUCAAAGACAGUCAAGUUGAUACAGAAAAGGAUCAAACGAAACACUCCAGAAAAGAACGUCAACUUGUUCUACUGUCUAAACGAGCUGAAAGACGACUCCUUACUGAAGCAGAUCCAGUAUCAACUAGGUUCAGGUCGUUUGUCCAGGCGUCAAAUGUCAAAUGACAUGUGGUCGGCCCUGGCCUUCUUCUUACUUACGGACGACGAAACCAUGAAGUCCUUUUGUCUUGCCAACUACUCCCGAUCGCCUUUGGGACUCAAGAAGCUUCUGUUGGUGGUCAAGGCUUCUCAAAAAUCAGAUCUAAGGAAAUGUCGCCUGGACAAAGGCAGCUGUCACCUGCUGGCUUCCGUUCUCAGUUCUCCAUCCAACCUGAGGCAUCUGGACCUGAGCUCGAACCAUCUGUCGGACGAGGGAGUUGAGAUCCUCUCAAAAGGACUGGCCAGCCCACACUGCAACUUAGAAGUCCUCAAGCUGUCACGGUGCAGAAUCUCGAAGAAAGGAUGUGUUUCAUUGGCUGAGGCUCUCAAGGUAACCCCUUCCCAUCUUCAAGAGCUGCACCUGAGCGAGAACAAUCUGUCUGACGAGGGGGUUGAGAUCCUCUCGAAAGGACUGGCCAGCCCACACUGCAUCUUACAAAUCCUCAAGCUGUCACGGUGCAGAAUCUCGAAGAAAGGAUGUGUUUCAUUGGCUGAGGCUCUCAAGGUCACCCCCUCCCAUCUUCAAGAGCUGGACCUGAGCUUCAACGGCCUAUCGGACGAGGGGGUCGAGAUCCUCUCAAAAGGACUGGCCAGCCCACACUGCAUCUUACAAAUCCUCAAGCUGUCAUGGUGCAGCAUCACGAAGAAAGGAUGUGUUUCAUUGGCUAAGGCACUGAAGGUAACCCCCUCCCAUCUUCAAGAGCUGGACCUGAGCAGGAACGAUCUGUCGGAUGAAGGGGUUGAGAUCCUCUCGAAAGGACUGGCCAGCCCACACUGCAUCUUAAAAAUCCUCAAGCUGUCACAGUGCAAGUUUACAGAUAAAGGAUGUGUUUCAUUGGCUGAGGCACUGAAGGUAACCCCCUCCCAUCUUCAAGAGCUGGACCUGAGCUGGAACAAUCUAUCGGAUGAAGGGGUCGAGAUCCUCUCGAAAGGACUGGCCAGCCCACACUGCAUCUUAAAAAUCCUCAAUCUGCAAAACUGCAAGAUCACCAGUAAAGGAUGUGUUUCAUUGGCCGAGGCACUGAAGGUAACCCCCUCCCAUCUUCAAGAGCUGGACCUGAGCUUCAACGGCCUAUCGGACGAGGGGGUCGAGAUCCUCUCGAAAGGACUGGCCAGCCCACACUGCAUCUUAAAAAUCCUCAAACUGACAAGGUGCAAGAUCACAAAGCAAGGAUGUGUUUCAUUGGCUGAGGCACUGAAGGUAACCCCCUCCCAUCUUCAAGAGCUGGACCUUAGCUUGAACGAUCUGUUGGAUGAAGGGGUCGAGAUCCUCUCAAAAGGACUGGCCAGCCCACACUGCAUCUUAAAAAUUCUUAGGCUGUCAUGGUGCAGCAUCACGAAGAAAGGAUGUGUUUCAUUGGCUAAGGCACUGAAGGUAACCCCCUCCCAUCUUCAAGAGUUGAAUCUCAGGGCCAAUCGAAUAGAGGAAAAAGGAAAGAGGGUCUUAUUGGACAUCGAGGAGGAUCCCAGCUAUAGCCUGAAGACUGUCAGAUUUAACCCGUGGGACUAGGAACAACGUUUGGUCCUUGGCGUCAAGAAGGGCGAGUCAUUCCAGAUGUUCAUUAUUAGAGGACGUCGAGUCCAUUUGGUCUCCUUCAGAUUUAGUUCGGUCUCAUGUACUCUCCGACGAUCGCAAGAGGACCGGGUGUCGGGGCUACGGGCAAAGCGGCCUCGCUCACAGAAUUCGGGGAAGUCGUCGUUGGGUUCUUUGCAGCCACAUGGAGGUGGAGUUCAACGACGUUCCCACCAAACUGCUGGCAGUUUUAUUCAUCCAUUUGUACUGGAAGGGGCUGUCCAAAUGGACUCUAGAGCAUCAUCAAUGGCAGCCAGUGAGCUCAAUAAGUACCCUUUAAAGGGUUAACUUAUGUUUUUCUCAAACCAAAAUAUUGAACUUAUUCACUCCCAAAGAUGUGUUUUAUAGAACACUUAGGUUCGCGUUCAAAAAUGUAUCGAAAAAAAUACUUGCUGAUUUUCAACUGCUCAUAACUAAAGAACGGAAAAGAGUAGGAAAAACAUGAUUUUCAUGAUUCAAGAUUGGAACCCAAUUGUUCUUUUUGGGGGUUUGCGUAGCCAUCUAAUACAAUAUUCUGUGGCGCUUGACAGAUCAGUUAAAAUCAAUGUAAAUGAACAAAAGGAAAUGGCUUCUAAAAAAUGGAUUGGAGUGAAUUUUUGUCCACAAACUGAGUAGUUUUUCUCCAGUGUCUCCCAGUCAAUAUGCAUUUGACUUCUAGCGCCAUCACUGCCAGCCAAAGAGUUAAAUUUAGGGAGGGAAUCACAAUUCAUGCAUUAAAGGUUAAUUAAAUUAGGUUAAUUUAUUUUUUUUACAAGAAAACUGUCAUUUAUUUGAAAUAUCAGCUAAAUGGGUCACUUUAAUAUACAGGCAUGAAAUUGGGAAGGGGGUAAAAAAGGUGUGAAGGGUGUGGAGGAAAUAUGUUCCGGUACACCGUACAACUAGGUCCAUCCCAAACGACUAAUUUUCUCCCGAUUAGUCAGCCAACUAUUUUUACGAUUAGUCGACCAAUCUAAUAAUCCCCGCCCCCCCCCCCUUUUUUUUUUUCUAAUUUGGCAAUGAAAUUGUUGAUGGCACUUAUUCAUUCACAAAAACAUUUUGGAACACUUAAAUUCUUUAUUAAAGUACAAAUAAACACAAAUAAAUAAUAAGGUCAAAUGCUCAUAGAAUUAAUUAGUGAAAAAAAUAGGAAUGUAAAUAGAUUCAGAACACUGACUUCGCCUUUCCAACAUGAUUCAAAACAAUCUUUAAAAAAAGAUCUAGCAUUUAUUUAUAUACUACAAUAUAUAAUAGUAGCACAAUAAUUAUUCAUUGCCAAUCAGAUUUUUCAUAAAGGGUGUCAUUUUAAAGCUACUCUUAGUGUAGAAUCUGAAUUCUGAAGUAUGUGGGAAUAACUCCAGAAAUCGUUAUUUAUCCGUAUCGGAUUUGUGCGUGUGUAUGUGCUGGGUUGUGACGAACAUGACGUGCUUUUAUUUUUGAAAUGUUCACCGGAAGUACGUUCGCUAAACCGCUAACAGGAAGAUUUACACUCUGCAAAAAAAGCUCUUUUUGUCAUUGCAUGUCGUGUCAGUAAUCUUUUUUCCCCUUUUUUUCAUUUGUAAAUGCUGUUAAGCAGCGAUUUUUCAUAUUUGAAGUGUCACCUUUUAACCGCAAGUUUGUGUUUUGGAGAAGACUGCCAAUGUUUUAUAGCAGGCUAAAGUAGGUUGUCUUUUUCCCCAUCAGCCUCAAUGUAGCAAUGCCAACGUUUACAGUGUUUAAUAUAGGUGUGUUUCCUUAUUUUGUAUGUCUGAACUUUAAUUCUAUGGCGUAUUGAUGACCAAUAAACAUCUGUGAAAAGAACUGGAGGCUCCAAUGCCAUCAGCACGCACCCGACGAUAAACGCAGCUGUGAAAAUGACCGCGCUCAUUUUGAUUUACCGUGCGAUAAAUGGACUCAUGGCAUAUCGCGACAGGCAAUAAAACAUGUCGUUAGUUAGAUGGAUUGACGAUAUGCCAGCUCCUGUCGUCUUCUAGAAUUACAACUGCACUGAAAAAAAUGGGGUGUUGAACUGACAUAAAAAAAUUAUGGAAAGAAUUUGUACCUGAUAAUAUUGCUUUCCUUCAGCAUUUAGCAAUUGUGUCCUUUUAACAUAAAGCACACGUCUCGCCAACAUUAGGCGCUUAUGUUGCGUGAACAUAACGCACUCUUGUUGAGCCAACAUAAGGAAUUCAUGUUCACCCCAAAAUACAUGUUGAACCGACAUUAAAGAAACAAUUAAUUUGCACCUGACUAAAUUGCUUUCCUUCAGUAUUAAGCAAUUGUGUUCUUUUAAAAUAAAGCACACAUGUUGAACCAACAUAAGGCACAACUAGAGCUGUCAAAUUUAACACGCUGACGGACAGUAAUUAAAUUUUUUAAUUAAUCAUGUUAAAAUAUAUAACCCAUGCACAGAGCGACCCACUCAUGCAUUGCCGCAAACAGACAACAAUGGCUGGCGCCGUUCUACACAUAGAGUUAAGAGGCAGUGGCAAGUGAGUAGAGUUGAUGCAGGCAUACAUUUUGGCUAUGCUUUUACUUAUCUAAAGCUUUGACAUGUCUUCAACAACAAUACUAACUAUUGAGGGGCACAACGUUGGGAAAACUAACAUGAAUUGAUCUUAUUCCUUAACACCUUACGUUGUACACAACACAGACACGAUAUAGUAUUUGCAGCCGCUACACACAGUCAGGGUUACCCACUUCCCAUCAUGCUUUUGGACAGAACAGUUUUUUCACUACAUUAUCUUUCCCUGAAAGCUCAACAAAUACACUGCAUGGCAAUAUUUAGUCGGUCGGUCAAACGGUUUGGAGUCUCCAGUGCGCCGAUUAAUGUGGAUAAUAAGAUUAUGAAAGAAAGAAAUAAAAAUAAAGUUGAGGAAUUUUACUAGCUGGGCCUGUGCUUUCUAAUAAAAAAAAAAAAAAAAAAAAAAAACUUUUCACAAAAAAAAAGAAAAAAAAGAAAUAGUGACGGUUAUUUGGCCGGCCGGCUCUACCAAUUAGGUGUCACUUAUUUUUUCAGGGAGUUGGCAACCCUACUUUUAAAUCUCGCGACAAAUGACGAGACUAUUGCAAUUGGUUGGAAAGGCACGUUAACAUUAUGUUGCAUCAACAUGAUCUAAUCUAGCUACUCAUUCACUGUUCAUGUUUAUGUAGAGACUGCAUGAUUCAAUCAUGCUCACCUAGGAAACAUGAUGGUUUCUUGCUGAAAAUGCACACUGUCUUUCAGUAAACUUUACAACCUGCCAGAUUCAUUUUUUUGAGUGUGGGUGACGGCGCUUCAGGUGUUCAUUCACGGCCGACGUGCAGCCAAGCUCGGCAUUUAAGAGACAGGACACAACAGUGUGUUUGGGUGAAAGAAGUCAAUGUUUUGGCCAAUGUGGUGCAUUUUUUUGGCUUUGUGCCGCUUUACCCGCUUGCAUACCAAGCAUCCGACAUUAAAAAAAAUCUCCCGACCCCCCCCCUUAAAAAUGUUCUCCUCGGAUCUACACAAAUUCACACAGGUCACCCUUUUUUUACUUCAAAACGGCAAAUUUCGCCAAAAGGUGAGAGAUUUUCAUGCCUGAAUAUAUUUUUUCUCAAGUUGUCUUUAUGACAUUUUUCAAAAUACAAGCAUUUCAAGUACUGUCUUUUUCUGUACUGAAAAGCAGCUCUUGAAGAAAGCCAUUCGAAAUGAAUCCACGAGAUGUACCACUCCACCCCUCCUGUUUACAGUAACUAGGCCUGUUAGGGCACUGUAACAGGCCUGUGUGUUUUCUAUUUUUUUUUUCCCAGUCAGAAAGAAGAAGAAACAAAAAACAAAACUCAAAACCCAUUUUAAAGCAAUAAAACUGGCCACUGGAAGGCAGUAGCGCAUUUUGUAAGACCCGCAACCAGAUUCAAUAGCAACAAACGGUCGGAGCGCUGGCGGAAUGAUGCCAGGCGGCAGACGACCGAGCAAGACAACCGAGAAGACGCCUGAGAAGCAGGCGCUGGACGACCGUGCAAAAAGACUGGGACCACCAGUGCAGCGGGCUCGCUUAGCAUACCCCGCAGAGACUCAAAAAUAAUCCAUCUUUGUGAGACAGACAACGAUGAGGGAAAAGUUUACACAGCUGACGCGGUGACAACAGCGUCAUCUCUCAGUAGUCAUGUGUAAAUAAAUUGUUACUUUGCUAUCAAAAGCUCUAUUUGACUUGUUUUUUAUGUUAUUUUGUAAAAGGAAAACAUUAUUCAGAUGUUUGGGAUGUGACUAAAGC